UGGAUUGAACAGAGUGAUGUAAAGAUCCCAAGACUGACCACUCAGGUGACAUGUAACACACCAGUGAACUUAAAGGGACAAGGAUUGAUACAUUUUAGCAUUCAUCAGUGUAUAAAUCCCAGUCAGGCAUUUCAGAUCUACACUCUAACAACUUCUAUCAUUAUUCUUUUCAUGGUUGUUUCAACAGUUGCUCACUUAUUUUACUGGGAUGCUUCCUAUGUCCUACACUAUAUGAAAGCUAAGCUGAAAGGGUACAGAUCCUUGAACUCGCCAGAUACUAUUUAUGAUGUCUUUGUGACAUAUGAUACAAAAGACCCACACGUCUCUGAGUGGGUGAUGAGCAAUCUGCGGGUGCAACUGGAGGAAGAGGGAGACAAGAUACAUCCACUGUGUCUGGAAGAGAGGGACUGGCCCCCAGGAGUCCCACUGGUGGACAACCUCACCCAGAGCAUCCAGUACAGUCGCAAGACUCUGUUUGUCUUAACAAAGGGCUACGUUAAGACCGGUGCUUUCAAGCUAGCAAUGUAUCUGGCCCACCAAAGACUGCUGGAUGAAAAUGUGGAUGUGAUAGUACUGCUAAUGCUGGAGCCUGUCCUGCAGCAUUCUCACUUUCUGCGCUUGAGGAAGCGACUGUGCGAGAGCAGUGUUGUAGAGUGGCCGCGAACAGCAGCCGCAGAGCCCUGGUUUUGGCAAAACCUGCAAAGUGUCAUAAGAGUAGAUAAUCAAGUGAUGUACAACAAGACCUAUUCAAAAUACUUCACCACCAAGUGAAGAAGGUCUUGUUUUAAAACUAUUGAUUUAUGCAUCAUUGCUUGCUUGGUUCUUUUAAAACUUCUCUCGACUUAUAAACAAAGAAACUACAAAACUUAUUUGCUAAUAAUUGCUGAGAGAGCACAGCCUACCGAAUAUUUGUAAAUGUGAAACUGUUAUGUGCUGUAUA